AUUUGCAUCUCACCAAAUUGCUUCCUCGGACAAGAUGAAGCCACGGAGGAGCUUUCCGACGCGCUGGAGUCGCAGUGACUGCUGCCCAAUUUAAAAUCGAUGUCAGACUGUGCCUGGGCUGCCUGGCGAGAUGAAAGAAGUGGUGUUGUGGUCGCCCGAGGAGGUGACGAAUUGGCUAACGGAAAAUGCUGUGCCCGAGUAUUGUGAGCCAUUGAAGAGCUUCACCGGGCAGGAUUUGAUCAACCUCACAGAGGAGGAUUUUAAGAAGACACCUCUCUCCCGGGUGUCUUCCGACAGCGGACAGCGGCUAUUGCACAUGAUUGAAACUUUAAAAAUGGCUCACCACAUCGAGGCUCACAAAAACGGGCACAUCAACGGGCAUAUCCGCGUCAGCGUAAGCAAAACCACGCGUGAGAAUGGCUUUAGCAGUAAAAUGAAGCUGAACGGGAUGCCAAAUGGGUAUAAGAAGGAGAUGAUAAAGAUCCCCAUGCCAGAGCCAGAGCGCUCACAGUAUCCUAUGGAAUGGGGCAAGACUUUCCUGGCUUUUAUUUAUGCACUUCUUUGUUUCAUCUUUACCACAGUGACUAUCUCAGUCGUUCAUGAACGAGUGCCUCCCAAGGAGGUGCAGCCUCCCCUACCAGAUGCAUUUUUUGAUCGCUUUGAUCGGGUGCAAUGGGCUUUUUCUAUUUGUGAAAUCAACGGCAUGAUCCUUGUAGGACUGUGGUUUGUUCAGUGGCUGCUCUUAAAAUACAAGUCUAUAAUUAGCAGAAGAUUUUUCUGUAUAGUUGGCACACUAUACCUGUAUCGGUGUAUUACAAUGUAUGUGACUACACUCCCAGUACCUGGCAUGCAUUUCAAGUGUUCUCCAAAGCUUUUUGGAGACUGGGAAUCUCAUCUGCGAAGGAUAAUGAAAUUGAUUGCUGGCGGAGGAUUGUCCAUCACAGGAUCCCACAACAUGUGCGGCGACUAUCUGUACAGCGGUCACACCGUCAUAUUAACUCUUACAUACUUAUUUAUCAAAGAGUAUUCCCCACGGCGACUCUGGUGGUAUCACUGGCUUUGCUGGGCACUCAGCAUAGUUGGGAUGUUUUGCAUCCUCCUUGCUCAUGACCACUACACUGUGGACGUGGUGGUGGCUUACUACAUCACUACAAGACUUUUCUGGUGGUAUCACACAAUGGCCAACCAGCAAGUGCUAAAAGAAGCUUCCCAAACUAACCUCCUUGCAAGGGUCUGGUGGUACAAGCCCUUCCAGUACUUUGAAAAGAAUGUCCAAGGAAUCGUACCUCGUUCCUACCACUGGCCCUUCCCCUGGCCGGUGCUGCACCGGGGCAGGCAGGUGAAAUACAGCCGCCUGGUGAAUGACACAUAACAGCGUGUCGACGGACAAAGUGGGGGGGAAAGGACCUGUCCCAAGUGCUAAGAACUCCGUACGAGAAGAUGCCAUAAAGAAAAUCAACCGCUCCCUAACCCUUUCUUCUAACAGUUCCCUUGACUUAACCUGUUCAGUUACCUGGUAAGCACUGUGAUCUUUUUUUCUCUCCAAAGGAUCUGCGUUGGACAACAAUAAAGAAAAUUUAACUUAUCAUGCACUGUUAUACAUUUCUUGUUAAUAGAUCUGGGAUUUACAUUUACCCAUCACCAUGUUCCUUUGUAUAUGAUGCGACAGCAUAAAUGAAAGCUUUUAUAUCAUAAGUUCUGCUCUUUCCAGUCACGUCUGGGAAUAAAGCAUAUUAUUUUCUUGGGAAAACAUACUUUUCAUAUCUCUUGCCCCAAAGAUUGGGCUGUAAGCCAUUUUCUAGCAAAUGACUAUAUGAAGGUUUCUAAAUACCUGCCUUGGGUAAAAUCAAGAAAUCUUUCUACCUGUUGCACCGCGCUACGAAUAAGAGGAUAGACACAGGAAGGUUUGGUAAUCUUGAUUUUGUAGAAUCUGCAGUGACUGUGUCAAAAAGUGCAAAAAAAAAAAAGAAAAAAAAAGAAAAAAAAAGAAAAAAGUUGUAAAGUGAUUUUCUAAGUAUUUCCUAACUUUAUUUUUCAAAAUGUGUAUGAAAAUUAAAUUUAAAAAAGAUUUUUACAUGUCAGAGAAUAGAGAGUUAAAAUUUAAAGAAAAUGCUUCUUGGGAGAGAGAGAUUUGUCUAUGUUUCUAGUGCCUUUCUUGUCUUGAUUGUAUGGUCAGUAGGCAGUCUUAAAUGUUUUUAUUUAAAAUAAAGUAUUCCAUGAAAACAGAAUUAUAUAUACUGUAUAAUUACUAAUUUUUGCAUUUAUAGCUAAAUUAAACUGGAAAUUUGCUUAUAAUGUUGAAAUUGCCAUGUGUAGGGGAAAAAAAAACCCAAAUAAAAAGGGUCCGAUCUUGCUCACACAUUGUGGGCAGGUCAAACUAAAAGGUAUCACUUUAUUGUCUACUUGGUAGCUGUAUUUUAAAAAGAAAAACAGCCAUGACUUCCUGUUUUUUAACAAUUUUACAAAUGAUCACUGAGUGAACUACAAAUGGUUUCUCCAUCCCGUAUUGAAAUGUUGUUGAAAAACAACAAAGAUAAUCUAUUUCUUUAAAAUAUUUGUGCAGAAACUGCAUGUAAUUAUAAGUUUCACUCCUACCAUACAUACUGUAUGUUUGGGGAAGUAUUCUAUCCUGAACUUGCCAAUGUGCAGAACAAAAUAGUUUUUUUAAAGAAUGAAGAAGAGAAAAUAUAUAUAUAAAUAUAUAUAUAUCCAUUCUGUAUUUUACGUGAAGCAGAGUUAUCUUCUGUAGGGUUUUUGUGUAUUCACAAGGUGAUAUUUGUAUUGUAAAACAACAAUGGUGAAGGAAAAUAAAAAGGCUUUUGAAAAA